AUGGAAUACCAUCGAAAAUGCAGAAAUACUUCGUCAGUGUCAGGAACAUCAUGCGGAAAUCAUGAACUAUAUGCACUCAGAAUCCCUCUUGAUAGAGCCUCCACAUGGUACUGGUGGCCCCGAAACACAGACGAGAUAAGACUGGACUUCCCUCGAGACUUGGGUGAAGUGUCUCUGAGUAUCAAACAGGCCAAGAAGGGACAGUGGCACGAUUUCACGGUUGUAGAGAGCGGAGGGAGCGAAGAUGAAGCGAAAAAUACAACCUGCACGAUUAGCAGUCGUAGUUGGGCCCUGGUUCUACACUGCACAAAGAAGAUUAACAGAGACAGUGACCUGCACAUAAAGACUUUCAGCGCAGGGGAGUCGAGAACUAGCUUCUGGGCGCCCAAGUGUUCACCAAAGGCCCCGACUGUGGAGAUUACGGAAACUUCAAAAUCGAUGGUGGAAUUACCUGCUGAAACCGCACAUCUCCUGCUGGCGAGUCUUGGACUUCUCGGCGCCUGCCUCAGCCUGGGAAUCGUGAGCGUGUACAUCCUGGCCAUGUGGUCUAAAGAGAAGAUUUUUUAAGUACGG